AUGGAGAAAUCGGUGAUGGUGGUGGGGCUUGAUGACAGUGAACGCAGCUUCUAUGCCUUGGAGUGGACUUUGGAACAUUUCUUUUCUAAAUCGCCGGAAAAUUGGCCGUUCAAGCUAGUGAUCGUGCACGCUAAACCUUCUGCGGUAUCCGCCGUUGGUCUAGCUGGCCCUGGUGCUGCCGAUGUGCUGCCGUAUGUGGAGACAGAUUUGAAGAAGAUUGCGGCGAGGGUCUUGGAAAGGGCUAAGGAAACUUGCACUGCCAAAUCGGUGAAUGAUGUAAUAUUGGAGGUCAUGGAAGGGGAUGCAAGGAAUGUUCUCUGUGAGGCCGUGGAAAAGCACCACGCCUCUAUUUUAGUUGUUGGUAAUCAUGGAUAUGGAGCUAUAAAGAGGGCUGUUUUGGGCAGUGUAAGCGACUAUUGUGCACAUCAUGCUCACUGCACCGUGAUGAUAGUGAAGAAGCCGAAGAUCAAAAACUAA